AUGGGUAAUAAUCCUUCAAAGAAAUCAACAGCUUCAACACCUACAACUACAAAUAAAAAGAAAAAUGAACCAACUACAAAUACAGGCAAUGUAACAACCAAUAAUACACCAACUGCAACUCCACAAAAUAAUGUAGCUAUUAAACCUGAAACCAAUCAAACUAGCGUUAAUAAUGUUAAUAAUAAAGUAUCAAUAUCUAGUAAUAAUAGUAAUAGUAAUAAUAAUAAAAUAGAAGAUAAAGGAAAGAGAAUAGAAGACUUUUUCGAUAAAUAUAAGGACGAAGAUGAUAAUAAUGUAAUAGGACCAGAUGGUAUAACUAGAUUAUGUAAAGAUUUAGGAGUUGAACCAGAGGAUGUAGUUGUAUUAGUAUUGGCAUGGCAUUUAGGUGCAAAACAAAUGGGUUAUUUUUCAAAAGCAGAGUUUACACAAGGUCUUUCAAAGUUGAACAUCGAUUCUCUACAAAAGCUUCAACAACAUUUACCAACAUUUAAAAAGGAUUUGGAUAAUCCAAAUAAUUUCAAAGAUAUUUAUAGAUUCGCUUUCAUUUUUGCAAAAGAAAAUGAAAAUAAUAAAAUUUUAGAUUUAGAAAGUGCUUGUAGUAUGCUUCAAUUAGUUUUAGCCGAUAGAUAUCCACAUACUGAAAAAUUACAAGAAUUUUUAAUGCAACAAAAAAGUUAUAAAGUUUUAAAUAUGGACCAAUGGCUUUCAAUUUUAGAGUUUUCAAAAAUUAUUAAUGCAAAUUGUUCAAAUUAUGAUGAAAAUGGUGCAUGGCCCGUGCUUCUUGAUGAAUACUCUGAGUGGAGAAAGCAAACUGAUCCAAAAUAG